UUGUAGCUGAAGGCAGCGCGCUCAACAGCUUCGACACUUUCCGCCCAUUUCCGCCAUUGCAUCGUCUUGCUAUUUGCCUCCAUUUUACUCCCGUGUGUAUGUGUGCGUGCGCAGUGUUGGUGGAAGCUGGAAAGACAACAGGACGAAAGGACGAGAAAUACCUGCAGACAUGGACGGAAUCAGCGAUGUUGCAGUUGGAGUGAAGAGAGGAUCAGAUGAGCUGAGUAUGUACAACAGUCCCAACUCAGGCAUGAGCAGUAUCAGUGACGGGGCUUCCAAUGGCAGUGACAGUAAAAAGCUGAGGGUGGAGGAGGCCCCACCAUCUCGUGUGCUCCACAUCAGGAAACUGCCCAACGAGGCCUCAGAAACCGAAGUCAUCGCCCUUGGCUUGCCUUUUGGCAAAGUUACCAAUAUCCUCACACUGAAGGGGAAGAACCAGGCGUUCUUGGAGAUGGGGACGGAGGAGACAGCCAUCACUAUGGUUAACUACUACACCACUGUAACUCCUCACAUCCGCAAUGUCCCUGUCUUUAUUCAGUACUCCAAUCACAAAGAACUCAAAACGGAUGCUGGCAAUCAGCGGACCCAGGCGGUGCUUCAGGCCGUGUCGGCGGUCCAGUCCGGCGGUUCACCCAGCUCAGAUGUACAGGAGGCUCUGGCUGCAGCCUCCAGUCCUGUGCUGCGGAUCAUCAUUGACAACAUGUUCUACCCUGUAACGCUGGAUGUGCUGCAACAGAUUUUCUCCAAGUUUGGCACAGUCAUGAAGAUAAUCACAUUCACCAAGAACAAUCAGUUCCAGGCCCUUCUGCAGUUCAGCGAUCCUGUCAAUGCACAGCAGGCCAAACUGGCGCUGGAUGGCCAGAACAUCUACAACUCGUGUUGCACGCUGCGUAUUGACUUCUCCAAGCUGGUCAGCCUGAAUGUCAAGUACAACAACGAUAAGAGUCGCGACUACACGCGGCCCGAGCUGCCUGCUGGUGACGGCCAGCCCAGCAUCGACCCCUCGGUGGCUGCUGCCUUCACCAAAGACUCCAACUCCCUCCUCGGUAAGAUCCCAGGAGCCCUGAACCCUCUCAGCGCGGCGGCGGCCGCAGCUGCUGCUGCAGGGAGGGUGGCCCUCGCUGGACAGGCGGGCUCCAGCGGGGUCCUGCUGGUCAGCAACCUCAACGAGGAGAUGGUUACGCCCCAAAGUCUGUUUACCCUCUUCGGAGUGUACGGCGAUGUCCAGAGGGUGAAGAUCCUUUACAAUAAGAAGGACAGCGCUCUCAUUCAGAUGUCCGAUGCCAACCAGGCCCAGCUAGCAAUGAGCCACCUGAAUGGCCAAAAGAUGUACGGGAAGAUCAUCCGGGUGACGCUGUCCAAGCACCAGACGGUGGCGCUGCCCCGUGACGGCCUGGACGACCAGGGCCUGACCAAGGACUACGCCAACUCCCCACUUCACCGCUUCAAGAAACCUGGCUCCAAGAAUUUCCAGAACAUCUUCCCGCCAUCUGCCACCCUUCACCUCUCCAACGUCCCACAAGAUGUGACGGAGGAUGACCUGCGGCUGCUCUUCUCCAACGCUGGAGGCACUGUGAAAGCAUUCAAGUUUUUCCAGGAUCGCAAAAUGGCUCUGAUCCAGAUGUCAACAGUGGAGGAGGCCAUCCAGGCCCUGAUUGACCUGCACAACUACAACAUGGGAGGCAACCAGCACCUGAGAGUCUCCUUCUCCAAGUCCACCAUCUAGAGAUCUCACCCACAGCGUGUGGGAAACCUUACAGACUGUGUCUGGACACUGGGGCGUGGGAUCAGUUGUGGUGUUGGGGUUUUGUUGAUCCUGUCAUUCCUGGAGAGAGACUGACAUUUUUGACUCACAUCCUUUUUUAAAGAGAAGAAUUGAGUAUGUUUCAGAUACUGGAUCCUCCCAGCUAUUCUUAACUGUACCUCUGUAUUUUUAUGUCAAACACAAUAUUACAUGAUUGAUUGCCCCCCUGUAUGACAGUUUGAUGUAGGUCAAUGUUUAAUUCUUUAUUUAGUUGGAAAGAUACAGUACUUAUGUGCCUUACUUGACAAUAUCAACCAUUUCUACAGCUGGACAUGGUCACUCAUUACUCUGCUAUGCUUCUGAGGCACAUUGGUAUUGGCUAUUUUUGGGGUUAGUGAGAAUGCAAGCUGUGUUGUCAUCCUCUAGACUUUGUUACAGUUUCCCUUUUAGUUUAUCAACGGAAGAGGCAACAUGUUAGAGUUUUGCAGCAUCCUGUGCCUGGCAGCUUCACUUGAAUUCCAUUAUUCCACGAGUACGCUCAGUGUGAGACUGUUCUCCCUAGUUUUGAAUUCACAUAAUGCCACAUAUCACGGUGGGAUUUCUUUAUCUGUGUUUUGAAGCCUUCUGUGCUUUUCUUCUUGGCAGUGAGGUGUAAUUUUCAGUGACACUGGUUUUCUAAGCAUGUUUAGUUAUGAUAGGAUCUCCCAUCAGAAUGUGUUGCAUGCUGUGGAAGCAGUUAGAAGAGGAGUCCACUGUGAUUUUAUUGUCAAGUGACCGUUUACUAGAGAGGGCUACUCAGUUGGACCAAAGUUUCUGUGCCUUUUAGUGUUUCUUGAAUUCAUUUGAACUAAAAGCAUUAGAACACACUGUCGGCCAGAAUUAUAAGUGGUGAGUUAAUUCCCAUUUUUUUAAUGACCCAACAGGACCUCUUGCUCAGAAAUAAGAUAGUAAUGUGUAUUUUUUUCUUCUUCCAAGUCUGCUUUUAUACAGCUCAAAAUGUAAGGAUUUGGUUAAGUUCUGAAGAGGCACAAUUAAAGGAUGAAUUAUUUUCUAAAAUGGGGAGAUGCGCCUUGGUUUCCUGCUUUUUGAGUUUUCCCUAUCAUGGUCUCUCUCGUGUAUUCUGCAUUACGUCUGUAGCAUGCUUAAUAAAACUAUUCUGUAGCUCUGCAUUCA